AUGAACUAUAUAAUUAAUAAAUGUUUGUACAAUAUCUUUGCUUUAGACAUAACCACAACAACAGCAAAAACUGAAGCCUCUACAGUUAUUUCUGUCUAUUGGUCUCUUGAUGGUGUGACAUCAGAUUCAUCGAACACUUAUAAUGGUAUAUUAAUAAGCAGUGCAUCGUAUUUUUCAACAGCAAACAAUCAGCCCUUUGUUGGUUACGGUCAAGGACUCAAUUUAUCAUCAUCAUCAAGUCAAUAUAUGAGCGUUUCAAGUCCAUUUCUUGACCUUACCUAUAGAAGUUUUACAAUUGAAGCAUGGAUUUUUUCGACAACAGUUUAUUCUGGUGAUUAUGGUAUAUUUGGUCAAUGUCAAUGCACGACAUGUUCUAAUCAAUGUUUAUAUUUUCUUGUUCGCGGAGGUCAUUUAUUUGCUAGUUUUACACACAAUGAUAUAAGUGGUUCGCAAACUCUUACCAAUAAUCUUUGGUAUUAUGUUACUUUUGUUUACAAUUAUAAUACAAAACAACAAAUUUUGUAUGUUAAUGGAAUACAAGAUACGAUUAAAUCAGAUGCUAGUGUUUAUCAAGGAACUAAUGGAACAAUUGAUGUUGGUUCAACACUAGUUCUUUCAAUAAGAAAUUAUUUUAAUGGUUAUAUUGAUAAUGUACAAAUAACUACACGUGCAAAAUCUUCUGAUGAAAUUCUUACUGCUGCCACAUUAGCUGGUUAUUUUUCAUUUGAUGUACCUUCUCCAUAUAAUGAUUAUGGUCCAAAUGGUGUUAAUGGAACACAAAAUAAUACAGUAAUAGUUUCUGGUCGUGUUAAUCAAGCAAUACGAUUCACUGGUUCCUUGUCUUAUUUUUAUGCAUAUGGUUUUUUUCAAGCUGCUUAUGGAGUUUAUGCGAGUAAAUCAUUUUCAGUUUCUUUAUGGAUAAAUCCAACAGCACUUACUGCUUCUACUAUAGUUCAAUUUUCUUAUAAUCUAACAACUUUUCGAUGUCACAAUCUAAUUGGUAUUUUUUCAAACUACGGUACAACGGGACAAAUUAUUGUGCAAGGAAUGUAUUGGCCAAUUAUAGUGGGUCCUUAUAUAACCACAAAUACUUGGACACAUAUUUCAGUGACAUAUAGUUUCACAAAUGGGCUUAGUUUAUAUGUAAAUGGAGUCUAUAUUGGCCAUACUGGUAGUUUUACAUUUUCUAAUUCUGGUUAUAUAACAUAUUUACAAUUGGGAUUUAUGUAUACUUGCUCAUCAGCUAGUAUUUCAAAUACUGGUUAUCAAGGUUUGGUGGAUGAAGUAUAUGUACAUAGUCGUGAACUUACACAAGCUGAUGUUACGGCUCUUGCUAAUGCAUAA